CCCAGGUCCCUGAUACUUGCUACAUGUUAACACCACCAUGAGCUUCGUGGCAUACGAGGAGCUGAUCAAGGAAGGCGAUACAGCCAUCCUGUCACUGGGCCAUGGCUCGAUGAUGGCAGUGCGUGUGCAGCGUGGGGCACAGACCCAGACCCGGCAUGGCGUCCUGCGGCACUCGGUGGACCUCAUUGGCCGCCCGUUUGGCUCCAAGGUGAUCUGCAGCAGAGGCGGCUGGGUGUAUGUGCUUCACCCCACUCCUGAGCUCUGGACAGUGAACCUUCCCCACCGCACACAGAUCCUCUACUCCACCGACAUUGCCUUGAUCACCAUGAUGCUGGAGCUGCGGCCCGGCUCUGUGGUCUGUGAAUCAGGCACUGGCAGUGGCUCUGUCUCCCAUGCGAUCAUCCGCAGCAUCGUCCCCACUGGCCACCUACACACCGUGGAGUUCCACGAGCAGCGGGCAGACAAAGCCCGGGAAGAGUUCCAGGAGCACCGGGUGAGCCAGUGGGUGACCGUGCACACCCAGGAUGUGUGCCGCAGUGGCUUCGGUGUGACCCGUGUGGCCGAUGCUGUCUUCUUGGAUAUCCCAUCGCCCUGGGAAGCUGUGGGCCAUGCCUGGGACGCCCUCAAGGUUGAAGGUGGACGCUUCUGUUCCUUCUCCCCAUGCAUUGAGCAAGUGCAGCGCACAUGCCAGGCGCUGGCAGCCCACGGGUUCACAGAGCUCAGCACGCUGGAGGUGCUGCCGCAGGUCUACAACGUACGCACUGUCAGCCUGCCCUUGCCUGACCUGGGGGCCGGUGGCUCCGAGGUCAGCGUGGGCUCUGAUGCCGGCCCCUUCCGCAGUGGCACACCCAUGAAGGAGACUGUGGGCCACACCGGCUACCUGACUUUUGCCACCAAGACUCCAGGCUAGUGGGCCUGGGCAGGAGGAU